AUGUAUUCUGGAAGACCUGGUAAGCCGACAUUGAUUCUAGAAGCCAUUGCCUCAUAUGAUUUGUGGAUCUGGCAUGCUUUCUUCGGAACACCAGGUAGGUAUAAUGAUAUUAAUGUUCUUGAUAGAUCUCCAUUGUUUAACGAUGUUUUUGAAGGUCGUGCCCCUCCAGUUAACUAUGUUAUAAAUGAUCACCAAUACGAUAUGGGAUACUACCUCACCGACGGUAUAUAUCCUCGGUGGGCAGCUUUCAUACCCACAAUAAACAUUCCACGGAAUGAGAAGGAAAGUCGUUUUGCCCAACGUCAAGAGGGUGUACGAAAAGAUGUGGAACGUGCAUUUGGAGUACUACAAGCUCGAUUUGCUAUAGUUCGUCAACCUGCUUUAGCUCGUGAUAGAGAGAUGUUGGGGACAAUAAAAAUCGCUUGCAUUAUUAUUCAUAACAUGAUAGUUGAAGAUGAACGAGAUUCAUAUUCCCUUCAUUAUGAUCCCAAUGAUUAUGAGGAACCUCCACGUCCUAGUUCAAGUCAACAAAAUGCGCAAAAUUUGAAUGAACCAUUUAGAUAUAAAACUAGAAGCAUAAUCUUUGAUGGAACAAAUUUUAUGAACUGGAGUAAGAGCAUCAGGAUAGCUUUGGGAGCCAAGAACAAACUAGGCUUUCUUGGAGGAAAACAUCCUAAACCUGCUUCUGGUGAAGAAGAAAUGCAGAAGUGGGAGUGA